CCCGCCCGCCGGCCCUCAGCGCGAGCAGCAUCUCCUGAGGCGGCGCCCGCGUCGUGGUCGUAGUCCCCGUCGGGUCCAGGUCCCGUCCCCGGCGCGGCCGCGGGCGAUGGUGCGGCGGCGGGCAUGAAGGAGGAUGGAAGGGCAGGACGAGGUGUCGGCGCGGGAGCAGCACUUCCACAGCCAAGUGCGGGAGUCCACGAUAUGUUUCCUUCUUUUUGCUGUUCUCUACAUUGUUUCCUACUUCAUCAUCACAAGAUACAAGAGAAAAUCAGAUGAACAAGAAGAUGAAGAUGCCAUAGUCAACAGGAUUUCGUUGUUUUUGAGCACAUUCACUCUAGCAGUUUCAGCUGGGGCUGUUUUACUUUUACCCUUCUCAAUAAUCAGCAAUGAAAUCCUGCUUUCUUUUCCUCAGAACUACUAUAUUCAGUGGCUAAAUGGCUCCCUGAUUCAUGGUUUGUGGAAUCUUGCUUCCCUUUUUUCCAACCUUUGUUUAUUUGUGUUGAUGCCCUUUGCCUUUUUCUUCCUGGAAUCAGAAGGUUUUGCUGGCCUAAAAAAGGGAAUCCGAGCUCGCAUUUUAGAAACCCUGGUUAUGCUUCUUCUUCUUGCCUUACUGAUUCUUGGGAUAGUGUGGGUGGCUUCGGCGCUCAUUGAUAACGAUGCUGCAAGUAUGGAAUCUUUAUAUGAUCUCUGGGAGUUCUAUUUACCCUAUUUGUAUUCCUGUAUAUCAUUGAUGGGAUGUUUGUUACUUCUCUUGUGUACACCAGUUGGUCUUUCCCGUAUGUUCACAGUGAUGGGUCAGUUGCUAGUGAAACCAACAAUUCUUGAAGACCUGGAUGAACAAGUUUACAUUAUUACCCUAGAGGAAGAAGCACUCCAGAGACGACUAAAUGGGCUGUCUUCAUCAGUGGAGUGCAACAUAAAGGAGUUGGAACAAGAACUUGAAAGUGUAAAGACGCUUAAGACAAAAUUAGAGAGGCGAAAAAAGGCUUCAGCAUGGGAAAGAAAUUUGGUGUAUCCUGCUGUUAUGGUUCUCCUUCUUAUUGAGACAUCCAUCUCGGUCCUGUUGGUGGCUUGUAAUAUUCUUUGCCUAUUGGUUGAUGAAACAGCAAUGCCAAAGGGAACAAGGGGGCCUGGAAUAGGAAAUGCCUCCCUGUCUACUUUUGGUUUUGUGGGAGCUGCACUUGAAAUCAUUUUGAUUUUCUAUCUUAUGGUGUCCUCUGUUGUCGGUUUCUAUAGCCUCCGAUUUUUUGGAAACUUUACUCCCAAGAAGGAUGACACAACUAUGACAAAGAUCAUUGGGAAUUGUGUGUCCAUCUUGGUCUUGAGCUCUGCUCUGCCUGUGAUGUCAAGAACACUGGGAAUCACUAGAUUUGAUCUACUUGGAGACUUUGGAAGGUUUAAUUGGCUGGGAAAUUUCUAUAUUGUAUUAUCCUACAAUUUGAUUUUUGCUAUUGUGACAACAUUGUGUCUGGUCAGAAAAUUCACCUCUGCUGUACGAGAAGAACUUUUCAAGGCCCUAGGGCUUCAUAAACUUCAUUUAUCAAAUACUUCAAGGGAUUCAGAAACAACCAAGCCUUCUGCAAAUGGGCAUCAGAAAGCACUGUGAGACACCCAGCUGGCCCCAUUCUACAGUCAAGAGACCCGAGAACCCCAACUCCCGACAUUCCCAGCAGAUGAAGAAGCGUUCUCAUGCUGACCUUUGUCCAUGUGUAGGGCCUCGGCCUAUCAGUGACAUUUUUUUCAUAACCUACUAAGAACUUGGCUAUUGCUGAUCUUCUUUUUUAAAAUUUGACUUUCUGAUAGACCCUGUAGUUUCCAGUUCAGUGUGGAUUUCUUAGAGAUAUAUCUAGAACAACACAUUCUUCUACAGAUACAUUUGCUCAUAUAGUAAAUACAGUCAUUCAUGUGAAAAUAUUUUUCACCUGAUAGGAAAAUGUCAGAAAAAGCAAACUUUGGGAUUUCCUAAAGAUUCAUUUAAAUCCUAUUUUAUAUUUUAUUCAGAAUGUGGAACACUACCUGAAAGGCAUCCUUGGUCCCAAGCAAAGGUUCCUCAGAAAAUCAGUUUUCAGGUUCAAUAGAAACUGCUUGUAGAUGGUAUUAUUGCAGUGGGUGUAUUAGAACUGUAAUGGUUAGCCGAGCCCGUGGCGCACUCGGGAGAGUGCGGCGCUGGGAACGCGGCGACGCGGGUUCGGAAUCAGCCAGUGCACUCACUGGCUGAGUGCCGGUCACGAAAAAGAACUGUAAUGGUUGCACACUAUAUUUUUUAUUUUCUUAAAAAAGACAACAAAAGCAUAGUUUCUGAUUUAUGUUACAGAGUAAUAUUGAUUAUACUGUGAGCCAAGGGAAAAAUACUAAAUUCUUUAAAACCUGAGCCUUGGUAGAAAACCACAGGAAUAUCUUUUAUAAUACAGCAUAAUAAGCUGUGGUAGGAAGUAUUAUGUAAUCAUAGUUUAAUGACAGUUUAUGUGUAUAUAAUUCAGUAUUACCUCUCAUAACAUAGUUGCCAGUGUUGAGUACACUUGUAACUUAGAUUUUGCCUUACAGGCUAGGCUAUAUGUACACUCAGUUUUUUAAAGCAUUUUUUUCAGAGAUCACUUAAUUCGUUGUUUUUCUGUGAUCCUUAUGAAAAAUAUAAAUUCUCAGUUGUAGAAACCCUUUUCUUACAUUUUUCAUCCUUUGAUUACUUUUGUAUAUACCAAUUUAAUCUUCCAACUUAUAAAAGUUACCAGUUUAAUAUCCAAAACUCAUAGCAUCAGCAUUCAUGAUGUAAGAGUAGUUGUGCAGUGUAACAUGAUUUGAUAAUCAUUCAAUUAUUAACUUGUAAAUAAUUGUUGGGAUGGUUUCUGACUUUAGUUUCAUUGAAUAAAAAUUAUGAACUUAUACUCUGUUACCAUCCACUAAGAUAGAGUACCGAAAAUUGUGCAUGCAAAAAUAUAAGAUGGGCCCAUUUGCACAUAAUUCAUAGUUACGCAGUCUGUAUAAGUAUGUAUGUUCACAUGCACUAUGUGUAUGACAACAGAUUGUCUGUGUUCAGACAAAAGUAAAACAACAUUUUUUUCAAAUUGUUGAAUUUAAACGUUUUUUUGGAGAAAUUUAUGAAAAACAGGUUGUAUCUAUUUGACAUAAAAAAUUUCCACUU